AUUAACGGAAAGUUUGAUGACUGACUCUUUCUGAUGACCGAAGAUACGUUUGAUUGUGACGGUUGAAUUAUGGCUUUCACAAAAUUUCAAGUGAUUAUUGCUUUGUGUGGAGUAUUAAACGAGACAAGGGGUUUUAACUACUGUAAGGUAAACGGGUGCAGACCGAGGGAACACACUAUGUGCAAAUAUCCCGCAAACAAGCCCGACUGUAAAGUGGUGUAUGUGGGACUGGACGAUGAUCAGCGCGAGACAAUUUUGGAAACUCACAAUAAAUUGAGGCAGAAAGUAGCCCUGGGAAACGAGACCAAACAACCGGCAGCCGCGAACAUGAUGAAACUCACGUGGAACUACGAAGCGGAGAACAUCGCUCAGAGGUGGACAGAGAGGUGCCCAAUAGAUCAUGAUUCGUGUAGAAGGUUGAAGGAUGGAACGGCCGUAGGACAGAAUAUAGAGUUUUUACACCGAUACUUUAAAAUAACGAAUAGGACAGAAAUUUUAGACCGUAGCGUACAUCAAUGGUACAAAGAGGUGACUUACUUGCAACCAACGAGUGUAUACGGUUUUACCUCCUUGCAUGGUAUAAGCAAUGAGAUUAUAGGCCACUACACCGCCAUCGUCAAUUCUAACACUAAACAGUUGGGGUGUGGCUACGUAGAAAAGGAUUUUUUUAGAAAUGAUAAGGUUGGAUCCAUACUAACAUGCAACUAUGUACCCUCCGGAAACGUGAAAAACAAGCCGAUCUACAAAGUAGGAGCAGCUUGCAGUGCUUGCCCUAAUGGAUCCAAGUGCAGCGUGAGGUAUCCUGGCCUUUGUACGGAUGAGAAGGACGAGUAUAACGACAUUCCCAAACAUAGAGACAAACACAAACCCAGAGGAGCCCAGGCGAUAAGCAUCCGUCCCUCAUUAUCAUCUUUGGUUGUACUCUUCGUUCACGUGUACUCGUUUGGAAACGCCCUGUAAAAGAUAAUCGUCUAAGUUAUUAUAAAAGUGAUGAAAAAAUGUUUGUUUGUAGUACUUUAUAAAUUAUCUUAAUUAGUAAUUAGAAUGCACUAUCUAUGGUAAUUAUUUUCGAUUUGUCCUAUUAAUUUACAGUAUUUAUAUUUAAACCCAGUCAUUUAGGAAAUAGCUUGUUUCGAAGCAAACGUUAAUGUUUAGUGAAAUUUAGGUUGCUGUUAAAUCCUGCUUCGAAUUGCACCUGAUCUGAUUAAUACUUUUCCUCAAUUUUACCCGUGUAAAUCGACGCGCUGUUCCGAUACAUUACAAGUUUUUAAACAAGCUUUAAUUUAAGUUUUUAUU